CCAGUGGUGAAUGCAGGGCCAAUAUAGCGUGGGAGAGGCGUGGGGCCCAUGCGAGAAAAGGCCUGGAAAAGGUAAUGAUCAGGAUAUUUCAAGCGGGGGACCAAGUAGGAUCAUGUCGCAACAUGGAAAGCUUUAUGUUUCCUUGAAAAGAGCGCGGGGACCCCCGGUGGCAUUGGAGUUUACACGCACAUCAGCCCGUUCUCGUGCUUCCUCGUGAGCGCUUCCGCCAGUGUCUUCGAAAGGGAAGGGUUUGCAACACAAGACGACGCAGCACAAGACGACGCAGCACAACUUCAUCCUCUCUUCACCAACAUGUUGCAAGAUCCGCGUCUCCUCUUGCUGGCCCUUUUCGGGGCCCUUAUCCUCGGCCGCCUCCUCACCUCCUUCAUCCGCCGAGGACGGGCAUCUCCCAACGCCUUACCCCUCCCACCAGGCCCCAAGCCCCUCCCUCUUCUCGGAAACCUGCACCAACUCCCCAAGAGCUUGCAAUGGCUUCACCUAUACUACAUGAGCAAACAAUACGGCCCCAUCAUGCACCUCAGCAUGGCCGGCCAGCCCCUCAUCAUCCUCUCCAAGCACCAACCGGCCUACGACCUCCUCAACAAACGAGGCUCGCGGUACUCGGACCGCCCGCGCAUGGUCAUGGCCGGCGAGAUGGUCACCAAGGGCAUGCACAUGCUCCUCCGCCCCUACGACGACCGCUACAAGCUCCACCAGCGCAUGGAGGCCCCCCUGAUGACCCUCCCGUCCGCCAGCUCCUACCGGCCCCUCCAGGACCUCGAAUCGCGCCAACUCCUGUUCGACGCCCUCCGCGACUGGGACACCUUCGGCGAAAAGGGGCUCGACUUCCACCACCACCACGAGCGCGCCAUGGCCAGCUUCAUCUACUGCCUCCUCUACGGCUACCGCCUCAAGACGGGCUACGAGCAGGAGCUCCUCGACGGGAAGCGCGUGCAGGCCGAGUUCGCCCGCACGGGGCAGGUCGGCGCCUACCUCGUCGACUCGAUCCCGCAGCUCAACCACCUCCCGCGCUUCCUGGCCCCCUGGAAACGCGAGGCCGACGAGCUGUUCGACCUCGAGCGCAAGCUCCACGUCGGGAACCUCGACAAGGGCCUCGCCAACCCGGGCUGGAACUUUAGCAAAUUCAUGCACGCCUCCCAGGAAGCCCAGGACAUGCCGAAAGUCGAGCUCGCCUUCGACCUCGGCAUCCUGGCCGACGCGGGCCUGGACACCUCCACCGUCGCCCUGGACUGGUUCAUCGUCGCCUGGAUCACAUGCGGCUCCCGCUGGGUCCCGCAAGCCCAGAAGCUCCUCGACGACGUCGUCGGCCGGGACAGGCUGCCCACCUUCGAGGACCGCCCCAAGCUGGCCUUCAUCGACGCCAUCGCCAGCGAAACCCUCCGCUGGCGCCCCGUCGUCGUAGGCGGCGUCCCCCACUUCACCAGGUCCGAAGACGCCUACGAGGGCUACCGCAUCCCCGCCAACUCCAUCGUCCUCGCCAACGCCUACGCCAUCACCCGCGACGAGUCCGUCUUCGGCCAAGACGUCCACUCCUUCUACCCGGAGCGCUGGAUGGCCCGUCCCGCCGACGUCUCGGAACCGCACCACGUCGACGUCUGCGGCCUCAACACCUCCCUCCUGAAGGACCUGCCCCAGACCGGCUUCGGGUUCGGCCGCCGCGUCUGCGCCGGACGUAUGAUCGCCCGCAGCCAGCUGUUCAUCCAGAUGGCUCGCAUGCUGUGGGCUUUUGGCGAUGUGCAGGCUGGCGUGGUGGACGAGGCGACGGGGAGGAGACACCAGGUUAGCGAGUUUGAUUGCACCGAGGGCUUCGUUACUUUGCCCAAGCCUUUCCGUGCCGUGUUGCGGCCCCGGGGUCCGUGGGCGAGAGAUGCGAUUUUGAAGUCUGGUUGUACGCAUGGCAUUGAUCAUGCUGAGAUUCUCAACCAGGUGAAGAAGGAGAGGCGCGAAAAGGGGGCUUAAUGGGUGUCGUCGGGAUAUCGGGAUAUCAUUACGCAUAUAGUUAGCACGAGGGCAUACGAUAUCUACAACUACGCAUGAUUAUGAUACACGCAACGGUCUUACAUUGUUG